AUGUGCAACCAGAAGUCGGAUUUCGUUCCGUUCCUUUCACUUUUCCCGAUGACUCGAAGAUUCGAGUCUAUUGGUCAAGUCCACGAGUCUCGUCCGGCUUCGAAAAUGUACCCAUCAUCUGCAACAAGUCCGAGCCACAACGAGCGAACCAUUUCACGCGGAAAACGCAGGUCUCACAGCGCCAUAGCCAAGGAGAUGGUUCUGAAAGCAGGACAAUUGGAGGCAAUGCAGACAGAAAGCAGGUUCGGCAUCAUUUGA